UACUAAAAACUUGAGAAUUACCAAGAAUUAUCAAUGAAGGUAUCAUGGCAUCAUGAAAAAGGACAUGAAUGAAGGCAUCAAACCAAAGAUCUAACGGCUAUGAACGAGCCCAACAACCAGUUUAAUUACAUUACUAUGCACUAAACCAUCUUUGAGUGGGAAUUUCUAAACUCUACUUCACUAUAAGUUGGUGAACUCAGUCUCAAUCUCUUAAAGGGAUUGAACAAAAAGAGCUUCAUUCACAUUGAUCCUCCUGAGGAGGGUUAAGCCUCAAAGCUAGGCUCAAACAACACUUCUCACAAGGAAGGAAAGAAUGAGUAGGUCUGCCGAAGCAAUUGAAGAUGGAGCUUUACAUAUAAGAUCAAGCAACUCUGAGAUUGUUCAUCAUGAAGAGGCAACUGGAUCAUCAGAGCGAAAGAGCGUUAACUGCUCAGCAGAAAAGAAGAAAUCUCUUCAAGUUCGUUAUUUUUAUGGCAUUAUAUUCCUAAUAAUAAAUCUUAUUGCUUGGUUUAUUCGUGACUACGGGCAAAAGGUUUUACCUCAACUUCAUUAUCUAAAAUCUUGCGGAGCUGGGGGUCGUGAAUGCUUUCAUACGCUAGGAGUACUUCGUGUGAGUUUAGGAUGUUUCAUAUUUUUCUUCUUGAUGUUUCUCUGUACAUGUUAUACACAAAAAUUGUAUGAAGCUCGCAGUAAAUGGCAUACAGGGUGGUGGACAUUGAAGUUUAUCCUGUUGAUCAUAUCCAUAGCGGUUCCAUUUUUCUUCAAUUCGGUUUACAUCCACUUAUAUGGUGAACUUGCUCGUGUUGGUGCUGGGAUUUUUCUUGCUCUCCAACUUGUGAGUGUGAUUGAGUUCAUUGCAUGGUGGAAUAACUACUGGAUGCUUGAUCAGGAAAGGAAACAAAGCUGCUCCCUCGGGUUAUUCAUGUCAAAAGUUUUUUACAUUGCUUCUGCAAUGGGAAUUGUGUUAAUGUACUACUUGUAUGCCUCAAAACUGGCAUGUGCUCUCAACAUAUUCUUCAUUACAUGGACUGCAAUUCUUCUCAUGGUGAUGAUGGCCAUAUCAUUGCACUCAAUGGUUAAUAGAGGUGUAUUAUCUUCAGGAAUCAUGGCAGCUUACCUUGUUUUCCUCUGUUGGUCUGCUAUUAGAAGUGAACCGGCUAAUGAGAAAUGCAAUGUACAAAAGCAAGUGAAUGGGAAUGGUGAUUGGACCACAAUACUGGGUUUCCUGCUUGCCAUAUGUGCCAUUGUCAUGGCAACCUUUUCUACUGGAAUUGAUUCACAAUCAUUUCAGUUUCGCAAAGAUAAAGUUCACCUGGAGGAUGACAUUCCAUAUAAGUAUGGAUUUUUCCACCUGAUAUUCUCUUUGGGAGCCAUGUACUUUGGAAUGCUAUUCAUAAGCUGGAAUCUUGAAAAUUCGGCGAGAAAAUGGAGCAUAGAUGUCGGCUGGGCAAGUACAUGGGUGAAAGUCGUGAACGAGUGGUUUGCAGCGUCUAUAUACUUUAACCCUGAAACCGCAACUGGAGAAGAACCAAUUCUUGAGUUAUACAUGCAUGACAUUCUUGGAGGCGUCAACCCAACAGCUAGGCCAAUAACUGGCUUGCUAGGAAACAUAUUCAAUGGUCAAGUGCCCUUUGCGAGGCCAUUAGGAUUCCGUCCCCCGAAAGAUGGGGUAGCCAUUCCCAAUGCCAAUGGUGCCAUUCCGACUGUUAAUGGUGUCAAUGGCAUUCCAUUAGGAACUGGUUUAGCUGGUACAACUUUUUCAGGAAUAAACAAUGGUAAUCCGCAAAUACAACUGGGACCAGAUGGACUAGGACUGGGCUUUGGGACUAUCACUGUCAUUGAUGACAUACUAACCUCUAGUCCUGAGUUGGGAUCACAGGUACUAGGGAAAGCUCAAGGCGUUUAUGUGGCGAGCUCUGCAGAUGGAACUACACAGAUGAUGGCAUUCACUGUUAUGAUUGAAGGAGGUGAAUAUGGUGAUAGCCUUAACUUCUAUGGCAUAUUCAAGAUUGGCAGCCCCCUGUCACGUUUGUCAGUGACGGGUGGGACUGGUAAGUUCAAGAAUGCAAGCGGGUUCGCUGAGGUGAGGGCGCUUAUACCUCCCGGCCAACAUGUUACUGAUGGUGCAGAGACAUUGCUGAGAAUCACUGUCCAUCUAAGCUACUGAGAGUGGCAUUGAACACAGAGCAAAUGUGAAUCCUUUGUGUGAAAUGAAAAAUGAACCUGGCAUUGGUUAUUUGUCAAUCUGGUAGCAGCGAAUCAAUGUUUUCGAGUUUUUAGCCUUGCAUUUGUAAUUCUGUAACAGAAAUAUUUUAAGCAUUUUAU